AUGGCUCACAUUGCGCCCUUGGCCCAGACAGCUAAGAAAUUUCAGCCAAUUACCCUCAAACUUUCCGGAAAGGUGAUCAAAAACCGUCUUUACCGCACUCCUCUCAGUGAAUACGCCUCAACCUACGACGAAGACAAUCUUGCUGAUGGUGGCGCCGGCCUCAUUUGCACCGGCAACAUUCCGAUCCACCGUGACAACCUUGAGAACUAUAACAAUGCCGUUCUCGACAUCAACAAUCCCUGGGACCCCGUUGAAGCCUUCCGUCCGGCUGUGCAAGCAGCAAAAUCCCGAGGCGCAUUGUUCCUCCCGCAGCUGCAAUUCCCCGGCCGACAAGUACCCGAGUUUCUGAAUGCGAACCCAAAGUCCUCGUCGAGCGAGCAGUUGCUGCCUUGUCUGAAUAAGACAUACGGCAAACCGAGUCCGUUGACAAAGGCCGAGAUUGAGGAUUUGAAGAGGCGCUAUGUCUGGGCUGCAGAGGUUCUGGCUAAGGCUGGGGCAGAUGGGAUUAUCUUGCACGCUAGCCAUGGGUACAUCAUGCAGCAGUUCCUUUCUCCCUUGAUCAAUAAGCGGACCGAUGAGUACGGAGGAAGUCUCGAAAAUCGCGCUCGGUUCAUCCUCGAAGUUGUGAACGCCAUUAAGGAGAAGCUUCCAUCGGACAAAUUCGUCAUUGCUGCUAAGCUCAACUGUCAGGACUUUAUUGAGGGAGGUACAAGCUUUGCCGAACAGUGUGUCGUCAUCAAGUGGCUUGAGGACGCGGGUGUUGACUUCUUCGACAUCUCUGGCGGAACCUACGCUUCGCCUGCGUGGAGGGGAAACAUCAUGAAGGAACUUGCAGAGCGACCCUCGCAAAAGGAAAGAGGAAGCUAUUUCAUCGAAUGGGCUCAAGAGAUGAAGAAAGUUCUGUCGAGAGCUGUGAUCGGAACUACUGGGGGCUGGAGAGAUAGUCAUCGGAUGUCUGAAGCAGUUGGAAAUGGAGAUAUCGACAUGAUUGGCCUGGGUAGACCUCUUCGAGAAGAUCCGUUCUUCGUGAACAAAGUUCUCCGAGGUGAAGUGAGAAGGAGCAAUCUCUAA